AUGCCUGGUUCAAUACGGUGGACGACGACCCGAGGACCCGAGGAGCAUCUGACUCAGCGGUUAGGUGCGACUGCUCGAAGCUUUGGAAUCCAGUUUGGAGCCGGUGAGCCGCUGAACGUGGGCGACGUCAUUGGCAUUGCUUGCAACCAGGCGACCUUCCCUGUGUCGGUCACGGCAUGGCACAACGGCGCCCCGGUGCCGGCGCCCAUGCCACGUGGGCUGAAAGGUGAGCUGUGGCCUUCACUCUUCUUGUCGGAUUGCGUGGUGGAUUGGGCACUGGCUGAGUCGCACUGGAAGCACCAGAGCAGCCGGCCGCAGGGCUUCGAAGCGUUGAUGCCCAGUCGCGGGCUGAUUGGCGACUGA